AUCCCUUCCACCCAUGUGGCCAUAUCCACGUGGCGCAUCAAAGAAGAUAUCUAGCUGUAGUACAGUAUGGGCCGAACUAAGGAGAGAAAAGAGCUAAAGGACAGGCGAGGGCCUGGCAGAAAGGCCAGGAAGCAAGCUGCACCUGCUAUUCCUAGCGCUGAAGAUGCUCUUGGCGUCAAACAAGGCCAAGUUGGAGGAAGAAUCAAGCAAAGAGCUCGCAGGAGAUCUAAACUCAUCGCUGCUGCUAAGACUGCUCGUGAAGAAAUCGCUCGAAAAAAGCAGGAGAGACGAAAAGCUGUCAAAUCUUUGGACGAGGAAGCUCCAAUAUUGGUUGAGGGUGCUGAUCGGCUGGUACCGGUAGGUUACAGCGAUGAUAAUCAAAAGUGGCUGAAACCGAGUAUAAAGCCAACGUCAACACCAAGCAAGAAGAGCCAUGUCUCGUUCAAGCAGGACUUACUGAGUGGAGGAAGCGAUGGAAACAGUGAUGAUGAAGGCAGUGAUGACGGAGAAGUAACCCUUGGCAACCUACAAGGUGUGGAAAGCUCAGAAGACGAGAUGAUGGACAAUGAAGACGGAGAGGUAACCCUGGGCAACCUACAAGAUACUGACAGCUCAGAAGAUGAAGUAAUGGAUGAUAAUUUCGAUGGUACGGACAAUGACUCUGAUGACUCAGACAAAGAUGAGGAGAUGACUACAAUGGAGAAAAAAUCAAAAAAACUUGAUCGCAAAAAGAAGGCUGACAAACUUCUUGCAAAAGCAGAGUUGACCGAAAACAUAGCAGAUUCUGAUGUCUUCGAACUGCCUACUUUAGAAGAGAUUGCAAAUGAGCCACAAGAUUUGCAGAAUGUCAAUCAGCGGAUAAAAGAGGUUGUUCACGUCCUGUGCAACUUCAAGAAGCUUCGGCAAGAGGGAAAAUCUCGAACGGAGUAUCUAGCCUUGCUUCGUGCAGAUCUAAUGACCUACUAUGGCUACAGCGAGUUUCUAAUCGAGACGUUUAUGGAUUUGUUCAAAGUAUCUGAGCUUUUGGAAUUCUUGGAAGCUUGUGAAACACAGCGACCCGUGACCAUUCGAACAAAUACCCUCAAAACACGAAGAAGAGAUCUUGCCCAGGCUUUGAUAUCUCGAGGGGUAAAUCUGGAUCCAAUUGGAAAAUGGUCAAAAGUUGGUUUAGUAGUCUAUGAUAGCUCAGUCCCGAUUGGUGCCACUCCUGAGUAUUUGGCUGGUCAUUACAUGUUGCAGGGAGCCUCUUCAAUGCUUCCGGUUAUCGCUUUGGCUCCUCAAGAAAAUGAGAGAAUCCUGGACAUGUGUGCCUCUCCUGGUGGAAAGACUACCUAUAUUGCUCAGCUCAUGAAGAACACCGGGCUUAUUAUAGCAAACGAUUCCAACAAAGAUCGGACCAAAUCACUUGUUGCGAAUAGUCACAGACUCGGAGUUAGCAAUACGAUUGUGUGCAAUUACGAUGGCCGAAUGUUUACUCAAGUCAUGACCGGCUUUGAUCGGAUUUUAUUGGACGCACCUUGCAGUGGAACUGGUGUCAUAUCGAAAGAUCCUUCGGUAAAGACGAGCAAGACAGAAAGAGACAUUUUGAAGAGCUCUCACCUCCAAAAACAGCUCAUUCUUACGGCUCUGGAUUGUCUUGAUGCUAAUUCAUCAAGCGGAGGUUAUUUGGUCUACUCAACGUGCUCGGUACUGGUUGAGGAGAACGAAUGGGUCGUGGAUUACGCUCUCAAGAGACGGCACGUCAAGCUAGUUCCCACCGGACUAGAGUUAGGAGCUGAGGGGUUUUGUCGCUAUAGAGAAAAACGUUUUCACCCCUCUCUUUCACUAACGAGGAGAAUUUACUCUCACACUCACAACAUGGACGGGUUCUUUGUGGCAAAGCUAAAGAAGUUUUCUAACAAGAUUCCUGGAGCAGAAGUGAAGAACAAAGAACCUUCAUCUGAGGAUGAAGAAGACAACGAGACUGUAGAGGAACUAUAGUGUGUGUCUGUGUUAUAAUGAAUGUGCCCCUAUGAUGUACGUAUCAAUACUAGUACUGUCCUGAUACAAAAUUUUUAUAGGAGGCCACCUGGUAAAUAUCA